UCAGAAAUGGACCAUCUUGUUAAGGAAUGGCUGCGGAUGGACAAGAAUGAAACUACCCGAAACGAGAUCCAGAAGCUAUGGGAUACAGGCAACGAAGCAGAAUUGGAGAAAAGAAUGAGGCUGACAUCCAAGCUUACGAUCCUUUGCAAAGGCUUACGAGGAAGAAUGGAGGCGGGGUGGUCCCGGAUGAAUGACCUUAUUAUCAUCCAAGCGUCUCAGGGAUUGUGUCAAUACGUUCUCUCCCAUGUUAGGGAUGCUGCUUCGCGGGGUGUUGUCAUAGGGCAUGACCACCGUCAUAAUUCAGAACAUUGGGCACAGUUGACGGCAGCUGUUUUCUUAAACAGCAACGUUAAAGUUUACCUUCACCGAGGCUUGGUUCACACCCCGAUGGUGCCCUUCAGUGUUAAAAAGUUGAACGCUGCUUGUGGUGUCAUGAUCACUGCCAGCCAUAAUCCAAAGCAAGAUAAUGGAUACAAGGUGUACUGGGAGAAUGCGGUGCAGAUUAUCGCACCUCAUGAUGUUGGGAUAUCCGAAUCCAUCAAGGCUAAUCUCGAACCCAAGACAUGGGAUGUCGCGAGCGUCACCUCUUCUGAGCUCUGCCUCGACAAGACGGCCGAGAUGAAAGAUGCUUACUUUGAAAGUCUAGCUCCUCAGAAAAUCUCACUUUCUGGGGGGGCCGCUUUUUCCGUGCGUUUCGUGAACACAUCGAUGCAUGGGGUCAGUGAACCAUUUGUGUCGAGGGCGUUCAAACUGUUUGGCCUUGUUCCACCAACCCACGUACCAGAGCAACAAGUGGCAGACCCAGAUUUUUCCACUGUGGCAUUCCCGAAUCCCGAAGAGAAAGGAGCAUUGGAUCUGGCGAUGAAAACUGCUGACAAGAAUAAUAUCAAUUAUGUUCUUGCUCAAGAUCCCGAUUCCGAUCGCUUUGCUGCAGCUGAGCGACAACCAACGGGAGAAUGGAUUGCUUUUACGGGAGAUCAACUGGGAGUACUUUUCGCCUCUCGCAUACUAGAAACGUACCGCGAUAGCGGGAAACCCCUUGACAAGCUAGCGAUGGUCGCGUCAACCGUGAGCUCUAAGAUGGUAGAAGCUAUGGGCAAUGCCGAAGGUUUUAAAUUUGUGGAAUGCCUCACAGGUUUCAAAUAUAUCGGCAACGUCGCUUUGGACCUUGUACAACAAGGCUAUGAGGUGCCUUUCGGUUACGAGGAAGCUAUCGGAUAUAUGUUUGGCCCCGACAUUAGAGACAAGGAUGGGGUUGCAGCAACGCUAGUGUUUGCUCAAUUGGUAGAGUCCCUCAUCGCCCGCCGGAAGACGGUCAGCCAGUAUCUUAAUGAUCUGUACAAGAAAUACGGCCAUUUUGUGACCAGUAAUAGCUAUUUUAUAUGCAGCGACGGUCCCACAAUCGACACCAUAUUUGCUCACCUGCGUAAUUUCAACGAAACUUCUUCGGUUCCAUCCAAGUACCCCACGGAAAUAGCAGGUUUGUCUGUAACGAGGGUUGUAGAUUUGACAACUGGGUAUGAUAGCUCAAAUCCUCCGACCUUCAAACCGUCUCUUCCGAUUUCUUCUGGACACAUGGUACAGUUCAGAGCAGAGGACACAGAAAAAGGUGUCAAGAUCGCGUUGACCAUUCGAACGAGCGGAACCGAACCCAAGAUCAAGUACUAUUUGGAAGGAAACGGGUACGAUCGUGAAAUAGUGGUAUCCACCUUGAGACAAGUGGUUGACGAGUUGGGCGACAAGUGGCUGAAAGCGAAAAGCCACAACCUAGGUCGCCCUUGAAAGUCUCGAUCAAGUCCUUUGCUCACACUUAAUGUGUGAAUCAUACAAUAAAGUGUCAUGAAGAAAAUGAUGCCCAGAUUGUAGAUUGCAAGAACAGUGCGACGAUUAUGCAGAACAUGAUAACAAACGAAGUAGAUGAGAAUACGGCAACACAAGGGUAUGAAGGAAAGCCAGCUUAGUGUUUAGUAUGAUUUUAUCUAAGAAAGCGUAGUAAUAAACUCCACAUCAUGAACAGAAAGAAUAUAAGAAGUUAUUUGGCAGUGGCGGUCUUAGAAUGACGAGUCAGCAAGC